UCGGCCGCAGUCUACACCGCCGUCGAGAUGAGAGAUAACAGGCGAAAAAGGCGGCGGCAAAAGCUGAUAAGCGCCGACGAGAACGACUCAAACUCUGUAGAGAGUGCGAUUGCGAAUGAGAAUGCCGAGAUUCCGAGAGGGAGGACGCUGUACAAGAUCAACAGCAUGGAUGAGAAAUCUUCUGAGAAAUUUUCAUCCAAAGAAAUGAUAAUGAAAGAUUUAUCGCUUGAAAGGACGCGCCUGAAACUUCAGGAGCUGCAGAGCGAUUUUCUGGAGGACAUGGAGGAAAAAAUUCAAAGGGUCAUCACUGACGUGAUCAAAGAAAUCGGAGACUCGGAAAACGACCACAAGCUAUUUGACGAUAGCAAGAACUGCGUGGAUAAAAUGAAACCAGCGAGAGAUGGGGCUUUACCGGACAAGGAAUUCUUGGCCCGCAGCUCGCUGCUCACCGACCUUUUUGCGAUAAAACACAUCCGCACCAUUUACCACAUUUUUGUGGCAAUUCUCAUCAUUUUACUCUUAAACACUGUGAUUUACGACUUGGCUGACACCGGAAGGCCAAACUUUGGCUUCGGGCUGAUAUUAUGGAACUUUGGUGAGAUGAAAACUGUGAUAUGGAUCUGGAUCUGCAUGAUGGCAGGCACUUUCUCACUGUAUCUCUUCUUCCACUUUUUUGCAAGCAACAGACACAAGGUUCCAGAAAAAAACUUAGAAGUGUGGGACAAAGGGUGGCUGGCCGCUUUUGUGCUAUAUCUUUGCGUUCUAUUGUACUGGCCUUUGAAGAGUACCUUAGAGCAUGACCUGCCGCCAGCUUCCUCACUGAUCGUGUUAAUAGAAAAGAUCCGCCUAUUAAUGAAAAGUUAUGCUUUUGUACGAAGCAAUACUCCGAAAGUGCUGGCAUACAAGCCAAAAGACUCGAACAACGACAAAGAAGCCGAUUCCCCUUGUCCUGGCUUUUCCCAGUUUCUCUACUACAUAUUCGUGCCAACCCUAGUCUACAGAGAUUCGUAUCCUAGAACGAAAAUGGUGCGCUGGCGAGUUGUGGCUUGGAGUUUUACAGAAGUUGUGGGAAUUAUUUUCUACGUGAGCUUCAUUUUCGAGCGAUUGCUGAAGCAACAAUUUGAAAACUUUGGGAAGAGUCGGGUCGAAACAAAGGACUUGGUCGUUGCGAUUUUUAACACCAUGAUGCCGGCCACCCUGGCGAUGCUUUGCGGGUUUUUCUGCCUACUUCAUUCGUGGCUCAAUGCGUUUGCGGAGAUGAUGUGCUUUGCUGAUCGAAUGUUUUACAAGGAUUGGUGGAAUUCAACAUCGUUCAGCACAUAUUACCGCACGUGGAAUGUGGUGGUCCAUGACUGGCUUUAUACAUACAUCUACAAAGAUUUUUCAGAGAUUGUCUGUCCCGAUGACAGAAUUACGCCAAAACUGAUGGUGUUUGCCGUGUCAGCGGUGUUUCACGAGUACAUCCUCACAUUCACCUUCCGUUACUUUUACCCUGUGAUGUUAUUCAUGUUCGGAGGCGCCGGAGUUGCGCUGACUUUUGUACAGAGGAAGGGCGCGGGAGGAAACGUCUUUAUGUGGCUAUCUUUGUGCAUGGGCACUGGGCUUUUCCUAAGCCUUUAUAGCAUGGAGUGGUACGCUCGGAUAAAUUGUCCGCAGGAAUUGAGCUAUUGGGUGGACUUGGUAGUACCUCGAUCAUGGACCUGCAAUGUGGGAAAACGUUCAUAAAAAGAGUUUAUUUUGCUUCAAAUAUGUAUAUUUUUAAUAUGGAUUUGCGACUCUCCGUAGAUGUUGUAGAAUUUUAAAAUAAAAAAGUACGAAGAAAUGCGGAAA